GGUAAAAGGUCAUAUGUUACAAAAGAUCACAAAACAGUGCGGGCAUGCCUGGGCAAAGUACUGGUUAAAACGUAUAUAAAUGCAUCGCUACACCUCACAUUAAGGACGAUGUUCACGAAAGCAGCAUUCCGAGGAGGCUGGACGAUCUUUGGGUCCAGGAAAUGUCUGGAUAAAGUGCGGAGACAGGUCACAUGGAAGAUGACUGCACUCCAUCCAUCCAGGUCUAUAACGGUUGCAAUAGAGGGUAACAUUGGCAGUGGGAAGACAACUUUCUUGGACCAUUUUUCCAAGACCAAAGGAAUUGAGGUAAUACAGGAACCAGUGGACAUGUGGAGAAAUGUCAGAGGACACAAUACACUGGCUCUGAUGUACUCAGACCCAAAGAGAUGGAGUUUUGCAUUCCAAUCCUAUGUGCAGCUGACCAUGUUAGACAUCCACACAAGAAAACAGAAAUCCCUCAUCAGAAUGAUGGAACGUUCCAUCUACAGUGCAAAGUACUGCUUUGUGGAGAACAUGCAUGAAAGUGGAAACAUGACUGAUGCGGAGUAUGUGGUCCUGACAGAGUGGUUUGACUGGAUUUUGGCCAAUCAGAAGGUCCAGAUUGACUUGAUCGUAUACUUAAAGACAUCCCCAGAAGUCUGCCACCAGAGAAUUAAACAGAGAUGUCGAGAAGAGGAGAAGGCCAUUCCACUGGAUUACUUACAGGCCCUCCACAGUGCACAUGAAGACUGGUUAACCCACAAGAAGUUCCCAACUCCUGCACCUGUCCUGGUACUGAAUGGAGACCACAACUUGAGUGACAUGUACAGUGUGUUUGAAAAGAACAGACACAAGAUUCUGCUGGGCCAAAAUUUGUGAGACAACGAAC